AUGAUCCUUAGUGUUCAGGUAACAUCUCAAGUGCCUAAGAAACUCUCCCUCRCGAAAACUACUGUGAUUCUACCUAGCAGUUAUGCUGUAACAGGUUUGGGAGGAAGGAAUAACAGGAGAAGAUAUCCCGCUCAGCUUCCAGUGGUCCUGGAGGAUGGAUAUAGCAUUGCAAAGUGUGGGGAUGUGAAGGUCUGUGAAAACAUCAGAAGCACCUGGAAAGGAUGUCAAGAGAGAGCUCAAAAUGAGCUUAGGGCUGUCAGCACCAUGAAGCCAUCCACACCUUUGCAGCCAGAAGUGAGGCUUCCUAUUACUGCCUGAUACAAUGAUUACUAGYUAAACAUAUUGGACCAGAGCCUUGAGAAUCUCAUUGCCAUUGCUGAAGGACCCACUGCACACCUCUGGAAUAGAGGAACUUUUCAAGCUAUCAAAAGCAGAUUGAAUUCCAUUUCCAAAUACAUUUCAUGUUUGAAAUAGAUACAUUUUAUCCAUCAUUGGAUAAAACAAGGAACAUGACUUGCCAUUUGCACCAGUGAUGGAAAACUGCAGGUACUAGAUAACUUACCUUUUUUCAUUGUGAUUGAAACCAGAAAGAGGCUGGGAAAUGUAUUUAGCCACCUGUCUGUAAUCGGAGCUCUGAACUGGAAUAAUUGUAUUCUGAGCAGAUCGUGGUUCACUACCAGGAUCUGUGAUGUUCAGGUUGCUCAGCGCCGUGUUGAGACUCUUUGUCAAAACAAACUAAGACUUUGCAGCCUGCAAUUGUCACUGAUCAACCAGCUGCUGGAAAAGGGGCCUAGGCGUGGUGUGUUGAAUAUCUGGCCUAGUAGCCCUGGUGUGAAAUUGCAGGCAGGGGAGAAGCUGGAGUUUUAUGAGGAUUUAUGGGACAGUGUGGACUACUAUGACGCAAGGGCUACGAACURGUCUCCUUGGCAGUCAAAAGUCUUUGCUUCAGGAGGUGGAAUGAAAGAUGGGAUUUUGUGUGUCUGGCACAUGAAUUGUCAGAAUAUCAUCCAAAGUGCAGUUACAGAUCCACAGAUUUCUCCCUUGCUCUGGUUACCCAGUUAACUGAUGACAGGACAAGGCCUUCCUGAAAAUCAGAUUAAAAGAUGGAAGCCUCCCAUGUUUGUCAAUUCAUUAAAACUCUAUGGCAAGUCACAGAGGAGAGUCUUGCAUAUAGCCCUGAGCCUGGGUCAGAGUAGACUCAUUUUUAUUGCAGUGGAUGAGGUGGCCUUGUCUGUGGAAACAAUGUGA